UCACAUCCACCAGACCAGUGCCACAGUGCACAGUGCCAACACUCACACACACGUGAAGAUCGUGUAAUUAAGCACACUACAAGGUACAUGUAACAGCAACACAGAACUGUAUCACAAUACAGUAAACAAAUACAACUACUCUCGCUUUUCUCCAUAACUACAGAGAGCGAGGAAGUACUGAUCUAAUCAUGGGGUGAGUGAUACUUGUACCCUCGUACAGUGUUUGAAGCUAUCGAGAAGGCCUAUCGCUGCCGGAUUCCUCCUAUAAGCCUGUUGACUAGGUGUACAGGUCAGGGUAUGAGUGUAGACAUCAGUGUUUGAGUGCGGGAGGAACGACGAUGUUGGUGCAGGGAUAGUACCUGCGUGUGGUGCGUGGUUGUCUCCACCAUGAAACACUCACACGCCAACAUUGAUGCUCCAAGUGGUGACUCACGAAGCUUAAGUGGUGAUAAGGAGUUUUAAAGUGGCACUAACAAGUCUUAAUUGUCACUCACUAGUGUUAAGUAGUGACUUACAACUCUUUAAUAGUGAAUCACGAAUCUAUGAAACUUAAGUGGUGAUAAGGAGUUUUUAAGUGGCAACUAACGAGUCUCAACUCGUCACUUACUAGUUAAGUGGUAAUUUAAGAAUUUUUAACAGUGACUCACGAAUCUUAAGUGGAGACUCAAACGUUGAAUUCAGACGUUUAAGUGGUGACUUCCUUCUUAGUCUCCUCGUUGAUGUCUCCCAUGGCAACGAUGAAGGAGCCUCAGGACACCGAGAAACUCAUCAACGAGAAGAGGGUGGGUGAAGACAGCAGAAUGGAGGGUUCCACAGGGCAAGAAUCUGAUACCACUAUGACCAGCUCUGGAACCAGCCUUGCUGCAGCCAAAGAGUUUAUUAUUAAGGAAGUAGCGAAGCUGAAGUGGCUGACGUGCUGUCAGAUGGUGCUGCUGGUGCUGUCUGUGCUGCUGGUCGUCCUCAGUGUGGCCAUGCUGACCGGGUGCUUCCACGCCAUUAUCAGCUGUAUUCUGCAUUCGCGUCUGGAGGUAGUGGAGGGCUCGGAGGCGUACGACAUGUGGAAGGUUACCCCGAUUCCUAUGUUAUUAAAGAUGUACCUCUUCAACUUGACGAACCCAGAACAGUUCAAGAACGGAAAGAAGCCAAUCCUGCAGGAAUGUGGUCCUUAUGUCUGGAGAGAGUACCACGAGAAGGUGAAUGUGACCUUCAACAGCAACAACACUGUGAGUUACCUGCAGCAACGAUGGUGGGUGUGGGACCAGCAACUCUCUGGCAAGAACACUCAGGACGACCUCAUCUUCAGCCUCAACACUAUUCCUGUGUCUGCUGUAUGGGCGGUGCGAGACGAGGAGAUCUACCUGGCUGUUCUCAAUAGAAUGUUUAACGAUUUAGGCGAGAAGCUGGUCAUCUCCGCCACUGUCAACGAACUUGUCUUUAGCGGAGUCAAGGACCCUAUGCUGGACUGGUUACAGAAAGAAGUGGUAGCCAAGAACGGUUCCUACCAUUUCCUUUUAAACAUAAUCGGUACUAACUCUGCCAUCGUCAGCUUCGACAAAUUCGCCUGGUUCUACAAGCGCAAUAUGUCUCGUGACUACGAUGGUUUGUUCAACAUGAAGACUGGAGCAGAUUCUUUAACUAACCUAGGUAUGAUUGAUUGGUGGAACAAGAAGCACCAGACUCCCUUCUUCUCGCCUCCCUGCAACCAGGUGUCUGGAUCAGCAGGUGAAUUCUUCCCUCCUGGUAGCAACAAUGAUCACCUCGUCGUCUUCAGCUCUGAUCUCUGCAUGGGCAUGGAGUUGUUCUUCAAGGAGACGACCUUCUCCAGGGGUGUCUAUGCCAACCGCUUUUGGGGCACCAACCAGACUUUCGCUAACGGCUCCAUCGUCCCGGGGAAGGAGUGCUACUGCGUUAAGGGCACAUGUGCCCCCACAGGUCUCUUGAACGCUGAGUCGUGUCGCAUGGGUGCUCCAGCCUUCAUCUCCUUCCCGCACUUCGUCAAUGGUGAUCCCUUCCUCCUGGAGGGCGUCACCGGCCUCGCUCCCAACCUCGCCAAACACGCCUUCAUACUAGAUAUCAUUCCGGAGCUGGGUGUUCCCUUGCGAGUGGCUGCGAGACUGCAGAUCAACAUGCAUGUACUUCCAUACCCAGGCCACAAGAUGAUGCAUUUCGAUAGAAUAGACAUCUUGAGAAGCGUCCCGGAUGUGUAUCUACCAACAUUGUGGUUUGAAGUGCUGGCAGAAAUGACACCAGAGAUGGCUUCCAAGAUGAGUAUAGUCUUGUACAUCAUAAAAUCUCCCAUCACCAACGUUAUCAUCUGGUGGACAUUGUUAACUUUGGCACUGAUGGUCAUAAUGUUGGUCAUCACACUCCACUACAAAAGAGUAGGUCGUCGCAGGUAUAAACUACAACCAUUGCUAAAAAUCCCCGACAAUACCACCAAAAACUUGCACGGUUUGUUACACAAUUUCUUGUUAUAUAUUAUAAAGUUUUAACUUGUUUACUCCCUAGGAAUAAUUUAUUUAGUCUGUAAAUCUGUUAUCUUCAUUUUUUCCGCAAAUAUAUAUAUAUUAAAUUACAAACCGUCAUCUUAGUUUUCCAUUUUUGGGUGCAGGUGAUCAAAUUUGGGUGUUACCUGCCUAAAAAUUAAUAUAUUACAGCUUUAUUCAUUAUUCACAGCCACUUAAUUAUUUGCUCCUGAUUAGAGGAUAUUACAUGCAUGUGAUAUAAAAUUGAUUUUAAUA